AUCAGAUCUUCCGUCGUUCAAAUCAUUAAACUCAAAUCUGACCGUUCAUCUCAAUUCGCAGCCAUCAAUCUGCCUGUCCAUUUAUCUCUCUUCUCUAUUAUCCUCCCUCUGUUUCCAAAAUCCCAGACAUCUUUUAUUGUGCCACCCGAAUUCAUGGUUCAUACACUUGAAAGAAUUCAUUAUCUAGAAACCAGGCCGUCAUGUUUUCGGAGUUUGUUUCUCUGAUUUUCUAUCCGUGACGUUUGGCAAUCAAGUUCCAAACUUUCUUGCGAUUUUUUUAACUCUGAGAUCCAUUUACUCGACCCAUGAACGGCCAGCCUCAGAUCUUGCAGAACCGCCAAAUCUAUCCCGUCUGGCUUCCCCUUCCGCCGUCGUUCCCGCCGGACAACACCGCUCCGUUCUCUCAGCGGCCGGUAAUAUUUAAAGCCCAGGCGGAGACACCCAAUCCUCCGGGUCGGGCCAUUUCCAGGCCCAAUCCCGAUAAGAGGAACGAACUUCGUAGGGUCGACCCGCUCGGGGCUCCACCGGGUCAGGGAUACAAACCCGCCAACCAUGGUGACUUGCAGUUUCAGAAUCGAUUGAAAGGUCGAAGAUUUUAUCCCAAGAAGAAGAACAAUUCUCGAUUUGCUCCCUUUGCUCCCAGGAACACCACUUCGUUUCUGAUUCGCGCCAAGAAAUCCGGAGGUAUUGCGUCUCUGGUCUCGCCAUGUCCUGUCACGCCGGCGAUUCUCCCGACGCCGGUGUUCUCACCGGCGAGGGAGGAUUUGAUGGACAUGGCGAAGCAAGAGUGGGGGGUCGACGGGUACGGCUCGAUGAAGGGUCUGAUCCGACUUCGUUCUGGGUCACCUAAAGGCGAUGAGGAUUUUCCCGAUAACAACAGCGGCGGCGCGUCUAGUGACAGCGACGUGGAAGAAGAGCGCGUGGAAGUUGAGAGGAAACUGGACCAUGACGUAAGAAGAUUCGAAAUGAUAUACCCAAAUUCCACUGGCGGCGACGAUCAGACCAGUGUACUAGAGAACAGGGUCGACGAACAGGACGGCCAUAUUUCUCAGCUGGAAGAAGAGAAUUUGACGCUGAAAGAGAAGCUAUUUCUGAUGGAGAGGGAGUUGAGUGAACUGAGAAGGAGGGUCGAGUGCUUGGAGACUAACGGUGGGAUGGCGCCGGAGAAUGUUGCGGAGACCAUAAAUGACGUCGCCGACCACGAGGGCUCGGAGAAGAGCGUAGGAAACGGUAAUGAUGAGGACGAUGGUGUUAGAAACUGAAUUACGAAUCCUAACAGAGAACUUGCAUGUAAUGUACCUGUAAAUACCUGUAUUACUGUAUAUGUAUUUGUUGGAUGGUAGAUGCAGUGACAGUGAAUAUAUCACGUUAGUUUCUUUUGGGAAUGGAAUGAAGAAGGAUUUGGAAACUGGACAUGACAAUCAGAGAAUUUGCAGGUCACUCGGAUUAUCUUCUUCCUUGUGCUUUCCUGCUAAUAUUCCUCUGGUUAUCUGAUUCUGGUUACGAUUAGUUACUUAUCUAGGAUCAUGUAUGAAAUGUAUCUGCUAUUACGUAUGUAUAAAAGGAAAGCUGUUUUGUAAA